AAACCGACCGCGCCAAACUCAUCCAGAGUCAUGGCGGCGUCGACGGCGGCGGCGGUCGUGCGAUCGUCGCGCGCAACGGAGCACCGUGUGACACCCGACGGUUUGGAUUUUUCGCGCUAAACCGUCCGUCCUGUGACCCACGCACGAGCUCGUCGCGAAACCUGCGAUGUUUCGCCUGGCGUAGACGGUCGCAACAUGUUCGUGACGAACCUGAAGAAGGAUUUCUACGAUGCGUUACAAAAGAGCAGGUGCUUACUUCUGGUGAACUUUGAUGUCGAUGCAAUUUGUGCCUGUAGGAUAUUACAACAGCUUUUCAAAAAUGAUCAUAUAAUAUAUACUCUUGUACCUGUUCGAGGUAUUCAGGAUAUGAUAAGCGCCUUUGAUGAAAAUUGUGAAGAGAUAAAAAAUGUUGUUAUGAUAAAUUGCGGUGGUACUCUAGAUUUAGUGGAAUUACUUCGACCGGAUGAAUCCGUGGUAUUCUUUAUCCUCGACAGUCAUAGGCCUUAUGAUUUAUGCAAUAUAUAUUCAGAAAGUCAAAUACGUAUUCUUGGUAAACCCGAUGAAGACAAUGAGAUCCCAGAAUAUAAUGAUAUAUUCCGAGAUGAUAGUUCAGAUGAAGAGGACGCAAGUGAGGAAGAAUCAGACAAUGAAAACGAAGGCAGGCAAAGUAAAAGGAGAAGAUUGAACGAAGAAGAUAUAUUAAGACGAAGUGAACGAAGAAAAUGGGUUGAAAAUAGGGCAACAAUUCUUUUUAAUUAUUUACAAUAUAGUUACUAUGGCAAAUCAAGCGCGAUAGUAGUGUUUGAGAUGGCUUGGAAUAUGUCAAAGGAUAAUUUAGAUAUGGCAUGGUGGGCCAUAGUUGGUUUCACAGAGCAAUCAAUCCUUAGUAAGGUAGAGUCACAAGUAACUGUUUUUGAAGAAGGUGCUCUUCAAGCCCAUGUUUCAAGAUUAACACAUAGACAAGGUGUUGAUAUUGACAAGCAACAACAGCAGCAGAGUAUUGUUAAAGUUACUUAUGAUAAAGAUCUCCAAUUAGCAUUAUAUCGUCAUUGGACUGUUGAAGCUAGCUUGAAGUACUCAAUGUCAACGGCAGUGUCGUUACGUUUAUGGUCCAUUAGGGGGGAGCAGCGUUUGAAAGAAGUUUUAGCUGAAAUGGGUUUACCUCUGGUGCAAUCCAGACAAUUAUUUCGUGCAAUGGAUCUUACCUUUAGACAAGAAUUUAAAGAAAUGGUUGAAAAACUAGCUAGCAAAUAUAAUGUCAGUAGCAUUAUUGGCACUAGUUUUACUCUUCAAUAUGGUUAUCGUUUUAAAUAUUGUUCAUCAGAUAUGGUGUAUGCUAUGUUGGCUUUACUGGAUUCUACGACAAAGGACAGACAACCACAACGUUGUUUCUUAGACGCAAUGGACUGUUUGUCACGUACAAAAAAGGAUGUUUUAGAAAGUGGCAUUGAAAAAGCGAAACUUAUGCUUCACAAUAUUUUUAAAACUGCUCAAAGUGUAUUAGAAGCUAAACAAGUAAAAAAUUUUGGUUCUUUUUUAUAUCUCAGUGUGCCAGAUGGAAAUAUAGAUAAUUAUUUAUUUGCGCAUUCUCAUCCCCUGAUUAUGCUGGCUCAAUUUGCCCUCAAAGCAUAUGUGAAUUCUUCAAGAAACAGACGUGCUUCUGAAUGGCCUCUAGUAGCCUCUGCAACAUUUAAUGCAGAAGAAGGAUCGUGCCUUCUUGUUGGUAUACCGCCAGUCUGCGAGGAUCAACCUAGAAGUUUAUUUGGGAAAGCAUUCGAGCAGGCUGCAAAGAAUAAAAAUUGUUACACUGAGGCAGAUUAUUUUGACAGUACAAUAAUAAGACUGAAAAUUGAAGAAAGACCCAAGUUUCUUGAUGCUUUGGCAGCACUCCUUGCGUGAUAAUCAUUAUAGAUGUAAAAAUAUCAGAGAUAGACGAUAUAUAUGACAAUCACUUUAAUCAAAUUUUUAACUAACACGACUAUUAAAACAACUCAAAGCACUUUAUUGCUAAUGACGUAUAGUGUCUUUUUUUUAACGCAAAUUCAUUGUACAUUUUUUUAACCAGCGACGGUAAUAGCUUUAUAAUUGUAAAAUAUUUAAUAUAUAUAAAUUAGGAUUGAUAUGUAAAUCAAUAACAUCGUGUGAGUAUGUGUUGUAUAAAAAAUGCUAGGAUACAACAAUAAGUUUACAUUAGUAAUUUAAGAGAUAUAAUAAAUGAAAUACUUUUAUAAAAAAGAA